GGGCAGGAACUUCCUCAAGUGUUAGCAGGGGCGGGAUCCUGACACUCCUAUGCUGUUUACAUCUUUUCCUCCAGGACCGUGAUACGUGGCUGUUUGGGAGAAGCGGCAGCUAGCGGAGGCUCGUGCUGCUGCUGCUGCUGCUGCGGGUGGAGAUAAAAGCUCAGCCUGCCUUCACCAUUCAGCUGGCCUGGAUGGCAGGGACACACUGGUGCAAAGACUACCGAAAACUCAAGCAUUACUGGUUACAAGUGCUCUUUGGACCGUGGGACGGAUGAAAGGUGGAAACUGUAGACCGGGCCCCAGAUGGGCUCUCUGUGCUCUAUUUAUCCCUGUUACUCUGCUGAUGCUGACCUCCAGAGGGGCAUCAAGUAGACAGAAGAUGGCACAAACAGUUAUGGGUCAUGCAACAGCCACGGCUGCAGGACAAGGCCCCGGCCUGACCGAUAACCUCCCAGGCCUCCAGGCAGUAGUGGACUUCAUUGCCAGUGAACAGGCUCACGUUUGGCUCCUGUCUGUGGCGGGUUCAAUCGCUGUCGGCCUCAGCGGGAUUUUCCCCCUUCUUGUCAUUCCCAUCGAGGCUGGAGUAGCUCUCAAAACAGAAGCUGGAUGCCAGAAGCUGAAGCAGCUCUUAAGCUUUGCUAUUGGUGGUCUCCUUGGUGACGUGUUUCUUCACCUUCUUCCUGAGGCGUGGGCACACUCUGGCUCCUCAGCUAAUAAACAAAAGCACUACGUGACCCAGGGCUUGUGGGUAAUUGUUGGCCUGCUGGCCUUCCUGCUCCUGGAGAAGAUGUUUCCAGACCAAGACAUCCAGGAGGAUCCAGCUGCAAACUCGGACUUGAACUGUAACACUCCUACUCAGUCUAAUUCAGUUUUCAGUGAAAAAGCAGCGGUGUCGCGCAGGAACGGCCACUGUGCCGAGUCAUGGAAAUCCUCCAAGCAACAGAGUCUGCAGGAAAGAUCUGCGCAAAUUAAGACGAGUGGAUACCUGAACCUACUGGCCAACUGCAUCGAUAACUUCACUCACGGACUGGCAGUCGCUGGAAGUUUCCUGGUUAGCAAAAAGGUUGGGUUUCUCACCACCUUUGCCAUCUUGCUCCAUGAAAUCCCUCACGAGGUGGGAGACUUCGCCAUUCUGCUGAGGGCGGGCUUUGACCGAUGGAGUGCCGCUCGCAUGCAGCUGCUCACAGCGCUGGUCGGGGUCUUGGGAACCUGCUUUGUCCUGUGUACUCAGUCACCUAAAGGCACCGAAAAUGCAACUGCCUGGAUCUUGCCUUUCACUUCGGGAGGAUUUCUCUACAUAGCACUGGUCAAUGUGGUACCUGACCUGCUGCAGGAGUCCAGUUUAAGGCACACUCUUCUUCAGAUCCUGCUCAUUUGCUGUGGCGUGGCCGUCAUGGCUCUGCUCUCUGCGGUCGUCGACUGCCCAUAGAGGCCUCACGCAAACACUAAAACUCACCCCGCACCUCAUAUCCGCUCCUAGCUUUUGACCGAGCAAUUACACGUCUAUGACAUCAUCACCACCACCACGUCCCGCUCCACUAAAGACAUGUCCGACAAGAGUAUGGCACUUUGUGGAUGGACGAGUGAAAGCACGACUGCCCUCGAGACGUUUUGUGUGGACACUGAAAACGUGCCACACUCACAGUCACGUUGUUUUGCACAUUUACAGAGAGAAACCCGAAAUGAUGUCUUUUUUACAAGGAUUUCCUCCAUUUAAAAUCAGUCGAACUCUAAACAGUGUUUUAACAGAAUCGUGACUGUCGUGCGUGUUCAGUUUCCGAUGUAGCUGCUGCAUAUUUAUUUAAAAAAAAAAACACUAACACUCUUGUUAGGAAAAUAAAACACUAUCACUCUUGUUAAGAAAAGAAGUGCCAGGGAGUCGGGAUGUUAGCAGUGGCUUUUGCUCUAUAUACCAAAGUGUACAGUUUAUUUCCCCCUGUUUGUGUCUCCUUUUUAAACACAGGUCGGUGCUUUGAAGCCUCCAACUGAAUAAAAGUUUGGGAUGUAAGUUACAGAUCGACACCGCUAAUGUAUUUACGAGAAUUUACAUUAGCAGUUUACGAAGAUACGAGUCAUGGGACGGACAUACAGGAUGUGGAAGUUUGCACUCUUAAUAAACUGUAAAUUUCUCUAAAUUA